GUAGCGCCGUAGCGGCAGUCUCGCGCGGGCCGUGGCUACGCGCAGUCGCUACGAGCCAGGGUGCCUACUCCGAGUCCGCUACUGUGCGAUGUUGUGGCGGCUAGCCGUGCUGGCGGCGCUGGCCUGCGCUCAAGGACGAGUGGUGAACAUCAGCAACACGUGGGUGCUGCCCGAGGAGGGCUUCCCCGUGUUCUACCGACACUUCCGCGACCGCAUCUCGUGGUACGAGGCCGACGCCGUCUGCCAGUUCCACCACGCCAACCUCGUCACAGUGGACACGACGGCGCAGUACGACGCGGUGCGCGCGUACCUCAAGGAGCUGGACGUGGGCAGCGCCGUGUGGGUCGGCCUCAUCCGCAGCAACCCUGAUGGGGACUUUACUUGGACUGACUACCGCGGUCUAAGCAGCGAGGGCUACUGGAGCGCGGCGCCCGACGCCCGCGCCGCCCCGCUGUGCGCCGCCGCCGACCCCGCCGCCGACUACCGCUGGGAGGCGCGCGCUUGUGGCGGACCCAUGGUGGCGUCCUUCAUCUGUGAACUGCCUGUCCCGCAAUGGGCGUCGGGCCCCUCCGGCUGCAUGGUGCGCGCGCUGCCGGCGCUGACCGUGCUGUACCUGCCAGAGAGCGCGGCCGUGCAGCUCACCGCCGACUGCGGGCUGGCUGGCGUCAAGCGCGUGCAGUGCACUGGCAAUGUGAAACGAGAAGACCUUCUCGGAGAUUUAUCGUGUCCUGAAGAACCUGAAGAAUCUACAACGUUAUUGAUCAGUGAAACCACAGCGGAGUCCAUCACAUCUGAAUUAAACACAGAACAAGAUCCCACGCAUGAUGUGACAAUGAAUGAAAAUAUCACAACUGACCACGUUACGGAAACUACUCCCGAACCAAACGUAGUAAGAAUAACGCCAAUUCCUUAUCAAUUAAGACCGAUUAUCCAUGAAGAUCCUCCCUACGUAAGGGUUCCUUUGAAUACUAAUGUGAAUAUUCACAUUAUAAACGACAAUAAUUUAGAAAGUAAUGACAUCCCGAAGUUUGCCAAUGAACAUGUAUUAUCAGAAGAGGAAGCUAACAAACUAGAGGAUGAAAAGUACAUGGCACACAAACAACUACAUAAUGACCUAGCCCAUAUUGGAAAUAUUCCAAACUUUGAAACGAUUUUCAGUCAACCAGCUGAUCAUUUUAUUCCUCCUCUGGUUAUGGCUAAAGCUAGAAUGGGUAAUGACAUGACAGUUUUAUCUUUAGAAGAGAAACAUGCUCAGCAACACUUAGAACAAUACAAGCAUAAAGGAUAUGGUGAGCUUCAUUAUGUACCAGACUAUCAUGUCAAACAAGAAACUUUAUCAACUACUUCUGAGACUACAACGACUACUACAGAGAUGCCCACAAUAACUACUAUGUUACCAUUAAAAAACAAAGAAGUAUUUGGUAAAGACAUGAAAUCUACAAAAUAUGGAUCUAAGAAAUAUAAUGAGAAAUAUUCUGGCCCUAAGGUAAAAAAUAUAAAAUCUUUAGAAAAACCAUCUAAAUAUACAGAUAAACCAUCAUUAAUCCAAACUGAAUUGACAACUGUGCAAGUGGAAACCACAACUAAGGAUAUAAUCAAUAACAAUAAUAAUCAGUCCGGUGGUGACUCAGGAAUCGAUUUAUCUGUCAUUAUCAAAGAUACAGUUUCUACCGAAACAAACCGUAACUUAAUAAAUCCUAGUACCGAACCAAGCAACAAAAUUACUUAUACCGAUAACAAAACUAAAAAACAUUUACCAGAAUCAAUUACAUCGGAACAAAUACAAACCUCGACUGAAACACAUUUGACGUCAAUUCCUGAAAUGACUCACGAAAUAGUUAAGAUUACAAUUCUAGAUGAGAAUUCUUUAAACACUUCAAUAUUUGAAGUGACCACUAAUGUCCCCAUUAGUGAGGAUGUUUCAAGUACUACAAUAAAACCUGUAGAAUAUAGUGUAUCUACAAAAGAACCUCUUAUCACUUCACCUACAAUAAGUAUAUCGACUGUUACUGUUGGUGAUUUAUCAACGACAGCAAAUAUUAAAAUAAAUAUCUCUGAACAAACAACACCAAAUGAUGUUCAUACAUCUGUCCCACCCAAAGAAACAACCGAAAAUUUAACGACUUCUGUAUUUGUUACUUCAACACAAUCGAGCAGUACAGAAAAUAUUGGUACAACUACUGUUACUACAAAUAAACAAUUGAACGAAAACCCUAUCACAGCUAAUGAACAAGCAGUUUCCAGUACAGAAAACACUGAUACCGAUACAACACAGAGUAAUAAAAACGAAAGUAUCAGUAGCCAACCAGAAGAGCCUCAUAUAAUGGAAGAUUUUAAUGGAGAAGAUUUAAUGCAUUCCGAUGAAGUAAUAGACGACUUGAAUUCACCACUUCUUUCGGCUGCCAAUGAACCUUUACAUCGCCCAAAUCGGUCUAGAAGACCGCAACAACCAUUAAAUAGGAUUAAAAAGUUCAACCCAUUCCGUAUAUUAGGUUAAUUUUCGUUAUAAGAGUAUGGUUUGUAACCUCACAGGAAGUAGUGAUGACUGAUAUUUCGUACGGAAGUAAAAUAAAUGAAAUUAAUUUAUCAGUCACGGUAUACAUCAAGACACGAUGCACUAAGCUAUUUGUUGUGACGAGCAGCACGCCUGCGCCUGCACAGUACCACCGUAGAAGUAGAUGAUGGACUCACGGUACAGAUCAAAUUAAUUCGAAAGAUUUCAUAAAGUCAGGGUUUCAACAUCAACAAUCAUUUUAACUGUGUUUUUCUUCUUUGCAAUUUAUAGAAAAUAUAAUUAUAUUAUUUUAAAUCGUUGUAGGUAAUUUGUCAUGGCUACUCUUAAGGUAAAAGUUAAGUAUGGAUAGGCUUACUUAGAUAUCAUCGUUUUCAGCUUCUAUAAAAUAGAUUAUUUAUGAGCAACUUUAAAUAUUAGUCAAUUGAAUACAUUUCAGAAAUAGCUUAGCUAUCUAUAACUUAAACUUACGUAACUACUCUAGAAUCAAUUCGACACCAUUUUUGCCAAAUAGUACCUAAAUAAUAAAAAUAAAAUCGCGGGAAAUAUGUUUUUAGAUAAACUUAAUUAUAAAUAGGCAUCAAAGAUAUUAAGUACUCUAGACUUUCCAAACUCUUUGUAGGAAAACAUUAUAUCACAAUCUACGAAACACAAAUUCAUUAACCAUAUCAUGUUAGAUUAAGAAACCUACAUACAUUACAAUGUUUUAUGGAAUUUAUUUUUAUGAAAAUUUAAAUUUUGAAAGUUAUUAUGUGAAUAAGAACGAAAAAUAAACAACACAUAGGCAAAAUAUUAAUUUGGGAAUUGGAAAAAAAAUAUACCUACAUCACAUAGGUAAGUACUUACCUUUAAUUUUGCCUUCAAGUACCUGUAGUAUUUAACCUAUGUGCUGUAAUAAUUUAACAUUUUAUGUACUUACUGUAACUAGUGUAAUUAGAGUUUAGAGUUGAGAAGGAUUUUUAAAUAAAGUUUAUGAAAACAAA